AUGAGUACACAUUAUAUUGGUAGUACAAAUAGUGGUAAUCAGUAUUCUUAUAAUAGUAGUAAUGCUACUACUACUCAAUCAUAUCAAAAUUAUAAUUCAAAUGCAACAUCAGCAUUAGGUUCACCGGGAUAUUCAUCUUAUCCUAUUAAUGCUUCAAAUUCACGUUCAUCAAAUCAACAAAUUCGAUUAAAUGAUUCAUAUCAUUCACCACAAUCAUAUCAAUCAACUGGUGGAUUCGAUAGAAAUACAACUCAAUAUUAUCAAUCAUCACAACCAUCACCAACACCUCAAGUUCGUGCUAGUGUACGAGUACUUGGUAGUCAAGAUGCAUAUCAAUUACAAAGUUCACCACACAUAACGCAAGCUUCACCUCAACAACAUCAUUUUCAAUUUGAUUCUCGUCAACAACCAGGACGUUCAACAGGUCCAGCAGUAGUUUAUCAAACACCAGGUGCUGCUCAAUAUACACAUCAUAAUGUUGAUCUAUGGACAGAAGGUCCAUCUCAAAGUACAGAUCAUUAUGUACAGGCGCAACGUGUAUCGGUUCGACCUGUCGCAACUGGUUCUCCUCAACAAUCUCAUUCGAUUUCUCCUCAACGACAUCAAGAUCAUCUACAACAAUACUAUAGUCAAUUGACACCUGAGCAACAUCAACAAUUGUUACGUCAACAACAACUUCAAAGACAACAAGAACAAAAUUCUUCUCUUGAACAACAGCGUCGAGUUAUUGUACAACAAGUAUCUCCAUCAUCGACUUCUUAUCAACAGCAACAACAACAUCGUUCAACAGCUAAUAUCAUUGGAGGACAACAAACUCAACAGGCACGUAGUCGAUCUGAACAUGAUCGUCAGCGACAAAAUGAACAAGAUGUUUUUGCCGCUCAACAACGUCAAGUAGUUAUUCAAAGAACUCAGCAACAACAACAAGAAGAAGACGAUGAAUUCUCACGUCCCGUUGGCAUUCGAAAUCUUAUGAAUAAAUUUGCUCCACCAGCAGCUAUUCAACAACGUCAUCCAAGAUCAAGAUCAACAUCAUCUCGAAAUUAUUCAACUUCAAAUUUUUCAUCACAUCCAGGUCAAGCAACAACAUCUCGUACAUUUACAUCACAUUCAAUGACAUAUUCAGCAUUACCAAAAUCUCAUGAACCACCUGUCAAUAGUGUUGAAUAUUAUCAAAUGUUACAACAAUUUGGAAAUCCUUUGGCAAAUAUUCAACAAGCCGUAGCUCCACCACAUAUUCAACAUCAACAAGCUGGUGCUGGUCUAUUACGUGAUCGAUUUACAACAGGAUCACUCUCCGAAGAUUUCAGUCGACCACAAAUUGUUAAUCGACAACCACCACAAAAACAACAACAACAAAUACAACGACAAACAAGUAAUGAAGGUGCCAGUACUUUAUUAUCAUUACGCGAUCAAUAUAUGAAUCGAGCUAAGGAAGCAUCAAAAAGCGAUCUACCAGCAGCACAACCUUUUAAUAUCUCACGAACAAUUGUUGGUGAAGAUAUUCCUCGACCAAAACAAGCACCUCAACCUCCUCUACAACUACAACCUGCACCACAAGUCCUUCAAAAACAAUCUGACUCUGCACCACAAAUCCCUCAACAACAACAACCUGCAUCUACACCACAAAUAUCUGAACAAGAACAACCACAAACACAAGAUGAAAAUGUUGAACAACAAGCAACUUCAUUUGAAGGUGUACCACCUUCUACUGAUGAUGCUGCCGAUACUGAACCUGGAACAUCAUCAUUUUAA